UCGGUCUCAACUUUGGUUUCCUCUGUCGGCCCCAUGAAGAGGCUACAGAAACUCUGUGACCGCCACUCUGAGCAGCUAACUGAGAAUGCCAAAAGUGUCGUCUAGGCUAAACAUUGUCGAUGGGUAACAAAAAGACCAAGGGAUCUUAACACAGAAAGUCACAACCAUGCAGUUCAAACAAAGACGGCACUGAUUUGCGGUGGUUGUUUCUGGACUUCUCCUCCCGGGGCUGGGUCCCGUUAUCGUUGUGAGUCGGCGGACUGCAGGAAACAUAUAUAUCCAUGGAGGACCAGGAAUAUCCCGAGGCGACGCUAGUGACAGAGGCCGGACCGCGGUGGCUCCAAGCCGAGGUGGAGCGUCUUUCUCGGGAGUUGCGCGAAACGACCCACGAAAAGAUCCAAGCGGCUGAAUAUGGGCUGGCGGUGCUGGAGGAGAAACAACAGCUCAAGCAACGGUUCGACGAGCUGGAGACGGAGUACGAGGCGGUCCGGCAGGAGCUCGACCAGCUGAAGGAGGCCUUUGGACAGGCUUACUCUACACACAGGAAGGUGGCAGCAGAUGGGGAAAGCAGGGAAGAGUCACUGAUCCUGGAGUCUGCCAGUAAGGAGGCUCUUUACCAGCAGAAGGUCUUGGAGCUGCAGAAUGAGCUCAGACAGGCCAAAGCCUCCCUCACCAGCAUACAGGCUGAGAAUGACCGCCUGUCCUGCAUUGCCUUGGAGAUGCGAGAGAGUUCAGAGCUGGCGGAGUUGCAGCGCAGUCAGCUGCGUGAUGACAUCCGAGAGUACAAAGUGCGUGAGACUCGCCUGCUGCAGGACUACAGUGAGCUGGAGGAGGAGAACAUCUCCCUUCAGAAACAAGUCUCUGGGCUGAGACAGAGCCAGGUGGAAUUUGAGGGUCUGAAGCAUGAGAUCCGUCGUCUGGAGGAAGACUCGCAGUGCCUACACAGCCAGCUGGAGGAAGCCAUGCGUCUGAGGGAGAUCGCUGAGCGACAGCUGUCCGAGGCCUUAGAAACUAUUAAAACAGAGCGUGAGCAGAAGGCUGCGCUACGCAAGGAGCUCUCCCACUAUAUGAACAUUGGAGACUCUCUUUACCACAGCUCCUUUAACAUAUCCAUUGACAACCUAAAAGUCCAAGAGGAUCCCUCCACAGUCACUGAGCCUGACAACGAUGAUCUAAUCCGCGGCUUCGAGAAUGGCUUGGUGAAGACGGCUGAGAGUGAUGAAGACAACAGAGUGUCGGUGAACAAGAGAGGGGGGGUCAUCAAGCCAGCUCCCAGCCUGGUGGACGACCUGCUGAGUGAGCUCAACAUCUCUGAGAUCCAGAAACUUAAACAGCAGCUUGUACAGGUGGAACGAGAGAAGGCAGCUCUGAUCAGCUCUCUGCAGGAGUCCCAGAAGCAGCUGGAACAGGCCCAUGGAACUCUGUCAGAGCAGCAGGAAACUGUCAGCAGGCUGACCGAGAACCUCAGUGCUAUGAGAAAACUUCAAGCCACCAAGGAGCGCCAGUCUGCCCUCGACAGCGAGAAAGAGAGAGACAGCCGUGAUGAUGGGGAAGGAGACUAUUACGAGCUGGACAUUAAUGGACCUGAGAUCCUGCAGUGUAAAUAUACCGUGGCUGUGUCUGAAGCUGGGGAGCUGAGGCAGGAGCUGAAGACGCUGAGGACACAGUACGAGGAGUGUCGGACCCAGUAUGAGGAGGAGCGAGUACGGCUGGAAAGUGACGUCCAAGAGUUGAGUGCAAAGUUGGCAACCCUAGAGAAGAGCAGCCGAGCAGACAAAGAGGAGGUGGCGCGGCUGGAGAAGGAGCUCCGUCUAGUGAGCGAAGCUGCAGGAGAGUCACUUGGCAGCCUCAACGUGGCCCAGGACGAACUAGUGGCUUUCAGUGAAGAGCUGGCCAAUCUCUACAACCACGUGUGUAUGUGCAACAAUGAGACCCCUAACCGUGUCAUGCUCGACUACUACAAGGAGGGCAAGGCCAGUGUAAGAGGGGUGCAAGAAAGAAAGGAAAAUAACUCAUCUCCCGUACUUCUCACCAAUGGGCUGAUCACUGAGACUGAACCUGGAAAGCCAGAGGCUGGCAUUUCCACCGCUGCCCCAGCUCCAGUCCGAGAGCACCGUCCAGAGCCCAUGAACAUCUAUAACCUGGUGGCCAUCAUCCGUGACCAGAUCCGCCACCUGCAACAGGCAGUGGACCGCACCACAGAGCUGUCUCGCCAGAGGCUCGCCAGUCUGGAGCUGAGCACAGUGGCAGACAAAGACAAGGAGGCUUGCAUGGAAGAGAUUCUCAAACUGAAGUCCUUGCUCAGCACCAAAAGGGAGCAGAUUGCAACUCUCAGAACUGUGCUCAAGGCCAACAAACAGACAGCUGAGGUGGCUCUGGCCAACCUGAAGAGUAAGUAUGACAAUGAGAAGGCAGUGGUGACCGAGACAAUGAUGAAACUCCGCAAUGAGCUCAAGGCCCUGAAAGAGGAUGCAGCCACAUUCUCCUCACUUCGAGCCAUGUUUGCUACAAGAUGUGAUGAGUAUGUGACCCAGCUAGACGACAUGCAGAGACAGUUGACUGCUGCUGAAGAUGAGAAGAAGACCCUGAACUCUCUGCUGCGAAUGGCCAUUCAGCAGAAGCUGGCCUUGACCCAGCGCCUGGAGGAUCUGGAGUUUGACCAUGAGCAGGCUCGCCGCAACAGUAGUGCAGCGGCAGCAGGCAAAGGCAAAAUGAAGGGCAAAGGAGCCUCUGCAAGCCAUCAUGUAAGUCAGAGGCAAACUUGCAGAGCUGUCCCUGAGCCCCAAAGCACCAGGGAAGGCCUGGGGCUCCUCCGUACUGACAAAUACAAGCUUUCCUGUGACUUUUGAAGACUUUCUUUUUCAAAAAAAAAAAAAAAAAAAAGAUAGAUAGAUAUAUACAGUAUAUAUUUCUGUCAUUUGCAUUCCUCAAACUCAGGCUUUGCACACACUCAUCUUCUCUAACACCAACCUUUCUUAUGUUUCUAACAAAGUCAUUUUGUAUUUAACACGAUAGCUGGAAUACAAGUGUUGUCACACAGUGGGGGCUUGUUGUUUGAAGAAUUCAACUAGCCAGUUAGCCAAGCUAGUUGAAUUGUGAGUCCAAAUGUGGGGCUUUGUUCCACAAAUGUUUCCUUUUGUCUGAGAUCCUUUUGAAGUUUCAAACAUACUGCCUACUUAAAGACUUGGAUGUUAAAUCUGACAAAGAAGUGAUUUAGGAAUACAGAUUAAACUAAAGCACUAAAAGUUAUAUACAAAACAAGGGCUCUAAUGCAUCUGAGAAAGAGCAAAGGUAUUAAGGGGUUGUGAAAAUUCUCAGUUACCUAAUAGCUGCAUUCCCUUUUAUUGGCAUAUAUGCCACCAGCCUCCUUUUUUUCUCCAACCACAUGGAUUUAUAUAUCCAUAUGUGUAUACAUUCUGUAGAUUUAAUUUGGGCAUCAAGAUGAAGAUAAAAGAGAAACCUAUAAAGACUAAAAUUACUGUCACCAAUUGCUCAGUUUGUCUUGAAAAGACUGUUCUCAUAACCUGAGGUUGCACACUCCAUAUUCUAAAUUAGUAUUUUAAAGGUUUGCAGUAUUUAAAGAUGGCAAGUAAAAAGGUGGGUAAAGAGUUUAAAUAGAUAGAUGGAUAGAUAGAUAGAUAGAAACUUUAUUAAUCCCCGCAGGGAAACGCAUAACACAAUAAAACUACAUUAAAAACAGACUAUAAAAUGCAGUAAAAUAAAUAAAACACAAUUAAGUAUUUUAUUGUAUUUUAUUUACUGUGUCCCUGAUCACUCAUAACUGAAACCUGCAUGCUACCAUAGCAUACCUGAGUCCUCUGCUUCCUGCAGCCAACAUCAUCAUGCACUAACUUUACUAACCUCAUGGUGCUUCUCCCUAACUUCAUCCCACUAACGCAUUGUUGCAUGAAAAGUGGACAAGUCCCUGAGAAUUUAAUAUGUUCUCUCUUAUCUCUCCAUUUGCAGUAAAUUGCGCAAGCCAAGUCCAUAUGGAGGUCCCUCAGAGUGUCUGUGACAGUUGCCUGUCACCUGCUACUGGUUUCUUCACAUCACAGCUUAAAAACCUGUAACUGAUAAAACAAACAUAACUACAGGUACCUGUUGAGGCCAUGGUUUCAGAUUUCAAAGACACAAUAAUCUCCGGAAUUUCUUAUGGUUCAGCCCAACAGUGUGACUGCAGAAAGUAUGACUCAUGGUGUUGGCUACCCACUGUAAUUCACUCAGUCUCCUGACAAUGUGCACCAUUAUGAUUACUGAGUCAGCAGAAGAGUCAGAUGGGUGUUUGGUCUGAUUACUGUGUCACUGCCUGUGUUACCCUAAACUGAGCACUUUCUGUUUUACUCCUUUGCUUUUAGGUGAUAUCUCUUUGUUUCUUCAGUCAUGUUAUUUAAACUAUUAUGUAAUGUUUGAAUGUAAUGUGCAUGUUUAGCUGUCAGUAUAAUAACAGUAUUUCCGAGUAUUACAUUUGUUUAUUCAUUUUAUUUCACAAAGAUGAGUCGUAGUAUUAAAGGAAUUUGACUAUUCCUCCAUUUAUGUGGUCAGUAAGCAACAGAACUAGAUAAUUUGGGGAUUCCUGUGAGAAAGAUGUGGCAAUUUCUGUUUUAUGUAUA